CCUCAUUGCUUAUAGUUCAUAUGUUUUUACAAAGUCAUCUCAAUAUAUAUACUAUAUAUAGAAUAUAUACCUAUAGAUAAAGAAAUAAAUAUAGAUUUUAGUCCUGAACCUCUAACGCACUAUCUUUCGACGAAGUUAAAGAGAUUUUGCUAUCACCAAUGCGAUUAUACAAACUUUUCACAAAUUACCUUAUGGAUAUUAAUCAAUGUUAUGCUUAAGCGACAUCUACAUUCCGAGUUGUAACAUGGCUGCCUUAAAGUAUUUGAAAGGUUUUGGCAAAAAUUUUAUUAGCAUACAACGUUCUGCUACGAAUUUAAAAAGAAAUGUGGCUUCGCUAAAUACAGUACAACUAAGGUUCAACUCAUCAGCUAGCGAAGAAACUCGACCAGAGCCAUGCCAAUCCGAUUCUAUGCUUGAUAUAGGAACGAGAAGAAUUUUUUCUGAAGAACAUGACAUGUUCCGUAGAUCAGUUCGGAAAUUCUUUCAAGAACGAGUAGUACCAUUUCAUACUCAAUGGGAAAAGGAUGGCCAAGUUAGUAGAGAAGUAUGGCAACAAGCCGGCGAACAAGGUUUAUUAGGUAUAUCAACUCCUACUGAGUUUGGUGGCUUGGGAGGCGAUUUCUUGUCAUCAGCAAUUGCUUUAGAAGAACAGGGAUACGCAAAUGCAAGUGGACUUGGCUUCUCCUUGCAUAGUGAUAUCGUAAUGCCAUAUUUGUGGCGAUAUGGAUCAAAAGAACAAAUUGAAAAAUAUAUGCCCAUCAUGAUGAACGGUACAUGCAUUACGGCAAUUGCAAUGACGGAACCAUCAGCUGGCAGUGAUCUUCAGGGAAUUAAAACAAAAGCAGUUAAAGAUGGAGAUGAUUGGAUCCUAAAUGGAUCUAAAGUUUUUAUUACAAAUGGUUACAUGUGUGAUAUGUGCGUCGUCGUUGCUAUUACCGAUGGAACAGCGAAAUCUACAUCUCAUGGAAUAAGUCUGUUUUUGGUUGAUGCAGAUAAGCCUGGUUUUAAGAAAGGAAAAAAGUUGAAUAAAAUAGGAGCCAAAGCUCAAGAUACGGCUGAACUUUUCUUCGAGGAUGUUCGCCUUCCCUCCUCCGCUUUACUCGGUAAAGAAAAUCAUGGAUUCUAUUAUCUUAUGCAGGAGCUACCAAGAGAACGUUUACUGAUUAUUAUCUAUGCACAAGCCCAAGCUGAAUUUAUGUUUGAGGAGACGAGAAAAUACGUUAAAGAAAGAAAAGCUUUCGGAAAAACUUUAAGCAACUUACAAACAAUCCAACAUAAACUUGCCGAAAUGAAAUCUGAAAUUGCUGUUGGAAGAGCAUUUACAGACAUGUGCCUCGAUUUAUACAAUAAAGGAGAGUUAGAUUCAAGUACUGCUUCAAUUGGAAAAUAUUGGUAAUUAUUCAAUAAUGAUUUCAUAAGAGUGGGAGAUACCAAAUUAAUGAAACUAACAUUAAAAUUUACUUGCAGGCUUAGCGAAAUGCAAAACAGGAUUGCAACCCAAUGUUUGCAAUUGCAUGGCGGUUGGGGUUACAUGAUGGAAUAUCCAAUCGCAAGAAGCUUUCUAGAUGCCAGAGUUCAACCAAUUUAUGGAGGUGCUAACGAAAUUAUGAAAGAGUUGAUAGCCAGACAGAUAAUUAUGGAUUAACGAAAAGUGUGUCAAAUUUAAAUACUAUGAUAAUAUUUAAUAUAACAUUGUUAUUCUAUUAUCUAAAUAUUUUCGAACUAUAUUUCAUUCUGUCGAAAAUAAAUAACAACAAAAAAAAUUUUAAAGUUAUAUUUCUACUACUU